AUGACUUCAACCAUUGGAAUCCCGAUCAAGCUGCUCAAUGAAGCAACCGUACGCGCAUCCUCAUCUUGUGUCGCAUUGAACAAAGCAUGUGCUAAUGCGCGACAUCACAGNGGCCACAUCGUUACCGUCGAAAUCACAUCUGGCAAUGUCUACCGUGGCAAGCUACUCGAAGCGAGAGAUGGUCGCGUAUCACAUCUGGACCAGGUCUACAUCAGAGGAUCGCACGUCCGAUACUUCAUCGUACCGGACAUGUUGAGAAACGCACCCAUGUUCAGAGCAAGAAACGUCCGUGGAAGAGGUGUUGGUUUGGCCAGAGGUCGUGCUACUGUCAACAGAGCCAGAGGCCAAAGAGGUGGACCCCGUGGAUAA